AUGUGUGCAGCCCCCAAACUUCCGAUGCUCUGUGAAGCUGCUCCUUCAGACUGGUGCUGUCUGGCAGCGUUCUCUGAGCUUCGAGAGCUGAAACUUGGUAAAAAAGUUAAUGAAGGUAAAACAAAAGAAGUGUACGAGUUGCCAGAGAUCCCAGGAUGUGUUUUGAUGCAGUCAAAAGACCAAAUAACAGCGGGAAAUGCAGCCAGGAAGGACCGUAUGGAAGGGAAGGCUGCAAUUUCCAAUACAACAACUAGCUGUGUGUUUCAGUUACUUCAAGAAGCUGGAAUCAAAACAGCUUUUGUCAGAAAACACAGUGACACAGCAUUCAUAGCGGCUCACUGUGAAAUGAUCCCAAUUGAAUGGGUGUGCAGAAGAAUUGCUACUGGAUCCUUCCUCAAAAGAAACCCUGGUGUCAAAGAAGGAUAUAAGUUUUAUCCACCGAAAGUUGAGAUGUUUUAUAAGGAUGAUGCCAACAACGACCCACAGUGGUCUGAGGAACAGCUAAUUGAGGCCAAGUUCUGUUUUGCUGGACUUGCUAUUGGCCAGACUGAAGUGGAUAUUAUGGCACACUCUACUCAAGCUAUUUUUGAGAUCUUGGAAAAAUCAUGGCAGCCCCAGAACUGCACUCUGGUAGACCUGAAGAUAGAGUUCGGGGUUAAUAUUUUAACAAAAGAAAUCGUUCUUGCCGAUGUUAUCGAUAACGAUUCAUGGAGGCUGUGGCCAUCAGGGGACAGAAGCCAGCAAAAGGACAAACAGUCUUACCGGGACCUAAAAGAAGUUACUCCUGAAGCACUGCAGAUGGUUAAGAGAAACUUUGAAUGGGUUGCAGAAAGAGUGGAGUUGCUUCUGAAAACAAAGAGCCAAGGUAGAGUUGUGGUGUUGAUGGGAUCUCCUUCAGACCUCAGUCACUGUGAAAAAAUAAAAAAGGCAUGUGCAACCUUUGGAAUACCUUGUGAGUUAAGAGUGACUUCUGCUCACAAAGGGCCAGAUGAAACUCUAAGGAUCAAAGCAGAAUAUGAAGGAGAUGGAAUCCCAACUGUAUUUGUUGCAGUAGCUGGCAGAAGCAAUGGUUUGGGACCAGUCAUGUCUGGUAACACUGCUUACCCCGUUGUCAACUGUCCUCCACUCUCAGCUGACUGGGGUGCUCAGGAUGUGUGGUCCUCCCUCAGACUACCCAGCGGUCUUGGCUGUCCUACUACUCUGUCACCUGAAGGAGCUGCCCAGUUUGCUGCCCAGAUAUUUGGGUUAGGUAACCACUUGGUGUGGGCAAAACUGCGAUCAAGCAUGUUAAAUACAUGGAUCUCACUGAAGCAGGCAGACAAAAAACUUAGAGAGUGCACCCUGUAAGUUAAGCUAAUAACUCAUACUAGUUACACAAUGAUAAUGGUGUGCCUAGUUGCAUUAGGAUUUACACUUGGAUGAGCUGAAAAAUCCUGUAUCCUUUCUUGUAGAAGAAAGUGUUGUUAGAACAGUUAACUCUGUGUCCUCAUCUGUUGUUGUUUAAAUAAAACAACAGAGUAAGAGAUGAGGGAGUAGUAUUUUCUUUCUGUUGCUCCAAAAUGGUGCUGUUCUGCUUUUUAGUGCAUACUGUUAACUGCAGUCUGUUUAAUGUCAAGAUAAUGAUUUGGUGUGAUCUAAAUAGACUUUCACUUGUUUUUAGUAACAGUACUAUUCUUCUGUAGUAAUAAUGUAAGUCUUGAACAUACUGACUGCUAACUAAAACCAAUGUUUAUGCUGUUUUGCUUGCAAUGAUGUUACGCUUUCUUUAGCAAUAAAAUGGCAACAUAUGCUAUACCAAUAGGAAAAUAAGCUAGAAUACCUGUUAAAAUAUUAAAAUACCUGCCUUAAAAAAGAAAAAAAGCCUCUCACUAUUUUCUGGAAUGAUGUGGUAAAAGCUAAUGCCACUUUUCUUGUUCGUGACAGGCCAUAAACCUGAAUAGACUUGACUGAACUCCGACUAGGUUUGUUGCCUAGCUGCUCUGACUAAUAAGCAUUUGUUCUCUUAAAUACCAGGCAGCUCUUAUGUCGCUAGUUCUAAAGGACCCAUGUUGUCAAACUACCUUCAUGCACUCAACUAGCUGUUAUGAAUCUAUGUUCCCUUACCCUUUUAUUUCUAAGGAAACUUUACUGAACUGAAGGUGGGAAUAAAUAGUAAAACAGCAAAAUACUAGGGGAAAAAAUGUAAGCAUGACUGUCUUGUCUUUGCACAUACAGCUCGUCUGUUAAGUAGGUACUGAUUCUAACAAAUAUGCAAUUACUCAAUGUAUGUAACACUUGUACUUUACAGUUACAAAAUAAACUAUUGUAUUCAAAGCUUC